AUGGAGACCGUGAGCAGCAGCACCGUCACGCUCGUCGAGCUGAAGCACUCGCUCAUUCCCAAGAAGUGGGGCGAGGCUGUGCGUAUAGUUGACAUGUCCGAAUGCCAGCAGGUCGCCAUCUCGCUGGCCCACGCUUUUGCCACCGACGACCUCGCCUGCUAUCUCCUGAACUCGGACGACAUGGCCGGCCUGUCGCCGGAGGAGAAGUGGAAGCUGCACGUGGACAUCUUUCAGUACAUCGUCGCGGCUCACUGCCUCAACGGCGAGGUUCACGUCAUUGGCCCCGACCACGAGGGCGUUGCGUUGUGGAUGCCCCCGGGCAAGAACAUCGACGAUUGGUAUACUGUUCUGCGGAGUGGCAUGUGGAGGCUCUACUUUCAACUCUCGACUGAGGGAAGGCAGCGCUACUACAACGAAAUGCUGCCACUUCUACACGACACCAAGGCCGAGGUUUUGGGCGAGCGCGACGAGAAUGCCUACUACCUCGUGUACCUGGGGACCAAGCCCCACGCACGAGGCCGAGGAUACGCUCGAAAGCUCUUGCAGACCAUGAUUGAGAGAGCUGAUGCUGAGAAUAGGCCUGUUUACCUUGAGUCGAGUUCCCUGGCUAACAACGCCUACUACGCCAAGUUCGGGUUCGUUGUGAAAAAGGAGAUAUUCCUCAAGCGCGGGGCCGUUCCGGUCCAGCUUACCAUCAUGGUGCGAGAACCCCAGCCCGCCGCCAAGGUUGCUAACGUCCCCGUCGUCAAGAGGCGGGUUAGAACAGCAGCUCCGGGGAGCCGUGCCCCUGACUCUUGA